AGGAUGAACCUCUCGCGCAGCGGGGACCUCACCUUUGCCCAGGCGCACGCAGCCGUCGAGACCAUCCUCGGCAGCGGGGUGCCCCAGACGGAGGUCGCCGGGUGGCUCGAGGAGGCGUCGGGGCUGCGCAAGCUGGAGGUCGGCGAUCGGAUCCCGAGCGUCGUCUUCAGGACGGGCAACUCCUCGAGCUCGACGACAUACCGGCGGUGGACAUGCCUCCCAGUUUUUCAGACGUUCCAUUGUAUUGAAUUUUGCACGUGUUUUCGAUUGGCGGCCUCUGCAAGUCUUCCAGGCUCCUUUGCCUCUCAGCCGUUGGGCAUUUCUCCUGCCACCGCGCGGAGUGUCGCUUCUUGGGCGUGUGCAUAUGUUCCAUCAAUUCGCACCCUUGGGCAUUCGGGGGUGGGCGUGCCUCAGUACUUGUGCCGCCCACCCCAGGGUGCAAAGAGGACGGGCCGCUGCAACCCGCAGCGGCCAGGCCUGUGGCAGCCGUGCCAAAUUUUUUCCGCUGUGCGCAGCAAGUCGCUGGGCGCGUGGAGGGCUGCAGGCCUCACUCGGGCGCCAUAAGAGCCCCCCUGCAGGGCCCGCCCCCGCAGCCGGAGAGGCGACAGGCCGCCGCCAGUCCCCUCGGGGUGCUGGGCCGGCGCCGGUGGCACCCGCCUGCUGCCCUGCUGGGUCGCCAGACAGCGCGCGCCAGCUUCGAGGAUCGGGUCUCUUUCAAUUUCUACGACAGGUAGAGGUUGCAGGCGCGAACGUGUCGUUGCACACAGUGACACAGCGCAGUGCGUCGAUUGUGGCGAAUAGAAUGAAGCUGGUGCUGUAGGGCCAACCGGGUCCAGCUGCGACGUGGCGCCGACGCCUCGAAGAAGCGCGCUCUGAGAUGUGCGUCUCGAGCCUCUUGUGGCGCCCGGUUAGUCUGACCACAGUCACCACGAAGGCGGCAGAGAGAGGGAGAUAGAGAGAGAGAGAGAGG